CUGACACCAGAGAGGACGUCACUGUUGUCUGAAUGGCUGACAAGCACACAUCAGACGGCAGGAAUGGCUUCAGUGGUUCUCCUCUGGACUGUGAGGUUUACGUUGCCAAUGAUUUCACCAAACAGGAGCCAGAGGACCAAAACCUGUGGUCCAGACCACUGGCUCGAAAAUGGAUCGUGAUGCUGUUUAUGGGCUCCUGCCUCCUCUACUGUGCCAGGAUGGCCAUGCCGAUCUGUGCGGUGUCAAUGGCGGCUUCUUUCCACUGGAGUAAGAUCGACUCUGGGCUAGUUCUGGGUGGAUUCUUCUGGGGUUACUGUUGCACACAGAUCCUGGGAGGAUAUGCCAGUGACAAAGUGGGAGGAGAGCGCGUCCUGUUCAUGUCUGCAGUCUCGUGGGCUCUGCUCACAGCCUGUACUCCUCUUCUGGCCCACUUAAGCUCACACACCCUCGCUCUCAUGACAAUGGCCAGGUUUCUCAUGGGAGUAAUGCAGGGUGUGUUUUUCCCGUCUCUGGCCAGUAUUUGCUCACAGCGUGUGGUGGAAGGAGAGAGAGGGUUUUUAAUGAGCGCCAUGGCCAGUGGUAGCCAUCUUGGAACGUUGUUAGCAGGUGGGAUGGGGUCCCUGAUGCUGGACCAGUACGGCUGGGAAAGCAUGUUCUACAGUAUUGGUUUCCUGGCUGGACUCUGGGCACUCACCCUCUGGUUGUAUUUAUUAAGAGGUACAGAUUUUUCCCCCAAGCAGACGAAAACAAGUUGCGACCUCCGUUCAAGGUUGUCAAGAACACCGUGGCUGAGUCUCUUUAAGAAACCACCUGUCUGGGCCAUGGUGAUUGCUCACAUGUGCUUGUGCAGCUCUUUCUACACUUUAUUGUCCUGGCUGCCAACAUUCUUCAAAGAAUCAUUUCCACAGGCCACGGGAUGGGUGUAUAAUGUAGUUCCUUGGCUUGUUGCAAUUCCAUCAGCACUAACCGGAGGAUAUAUCUCAGACUUUUUCAUCAACCAAGGAUAUGGUGUAAAACUGGUGAGGAAGAUAAUGCAGUUCUUCGCCAUGGGUGUUAUGAGCAUGUUCAUUAUGCCUCUGUCCGGAGCUGUCACAUAUCCCACUGCUGUGAUUUGUGUAUCUGCUGCCGUCGGUCUGUCCACCUUCAGCGGCGGUGGUGUGAAUGUGAAUGUACAGGAUCUCGCCCCGUCAUGUGCUGGUGCCCUCUUUGGUUUUAUGAACAUGUUUGGUGCUUUGUCUGGAGUGGUGAUGGUCUCUGUGUCAGGGUACCUGAUAGAGGUCACGCAGUCGUGGGCCAACGUGUUCUCCCUCAUCACUUUGGUAAAUGCCACAGGCCUCGGGAUUUACAUCAUCUUUGGAGAUGCCCGUCGAGUCGACCUGGAAGAUUACAGCCAGGUCAUUGUGAUUUGACUCGGACAUUUCUGUUGCACAUACUGGUCUGUGUCUGAUUUCUGACACUGUACAUUAUAUUAAAUCUCAAUCUAUAGUCACAGUUUGUAGAAAAUAAGAGUAAAUUCUGAGUUAUUCUUUGGUGAACCUGGCUGGGAACAACAGAAAAACUAAAAACACAGUACAGUAUUUAACAGAAAUGAUUGUUUUGGAUGGAAUAAAGUUGUAAUUUCUUUGUCAUUAUUUUGACAAGGGAAUCAGAAUUUUGCUGGUCAUAAAAGUGCAAACAUCCGCUCUGAAAAAUGAAGGAACUUGAACAUAGUUUGAGUUUUUGUUGUUUACUGUGAGUCGUACAUUGUACAAAUAUUUAUGACUGAAUAAAUAUUCAGUGUAGAAA